AUGAUGCAACGGCUUCUUUCCCCAACUCUUCUUCUGUUGAUCCUUUUCCUCCUCUGCACUACAACUUAUGGUCAGUCUUUGGCACCGGCUGCAGGACCUUCAGGUGCCACCACAACUUCCGGUCAGUCUUCACCACCAACUUCAUCACCUUCAGGUCCCACCGAUAUCAAUGUAAUUCUCGGAAAGGCCGGUAAGUUUACCACCUUCAUUGGGCUACUAAAGAGCACCCAGAUGGAUUCCCAAAUCAACAGUGAACUUCAGAAAAAAUCGAACCCGGGCUUCACCAUAUUUGCACCAACCGAUAGUGCCUUUUCAGAUCUCAAAACAGGUACACUGAACUCAUACACUGACGAACAGAAGGCAGCACUGACAAAAUUCCACGUACUACAUUCUUUCCUUACUAUCUCACAGUUCCAAACCGUGAGCAACCCGCUGCACACAGAGGCAGCUGCUAAUACUGAGGAGUUUCCACUGAAUGUGAUAGGCAACGGAACUCAGGUGAACAUCACAACAGGGCUUGUGAAUACGACAGUAGAUAGCACAGUAUACAGUGAUGGUCAGCUCGCUGUGUAUGAGACCCCCCAGGUACUCCUUGCGCAAGGUAUCCUCAGACCUCAGGCACCAGCACCAGCUCCUCUACCUCCAAAGCCUAAGAAGGCUACUCCUCUUAAUUCAGAAGCUCCUUCAACGUCCACCACCGUUUCUGUUGAUUCUUCUGGUGCGACAGGCACCCUCCACUAUGCACCACUUGUUGUAUCGAUCGGAGUGGCUGUUGUUGCGGCAUUACCCUUAUGCAUCUGA